AUGUCGCAACCCACUAAGUUCAUGAGGCUUGCGAGUCCUAAUGAACGCCGUACAAUUAGUCGCGAAGAUGUCGGCUUUUACAACGCGCUUGUCAUAGCAGGAGUUUAUGAGAUUGCGAGUGAAAAUAUAGACGUUAAUUCUAUCCAAUCAUUUCUUGCUCCUUUGAGACACUGCAUCGAGAAAUACCCACACCUAAGCGUGGUCGUUAAGGACAAGCAUACCGACAAGCCAGCAUACGAAGCUGUUUCGAGUAUUGAUCUUCACAAUCAUGUGUCUAUAAUCCACGAAGACGAAGCUAGCAGCAAUGACGAGACGGCAACAAUUGAAAAGAUCAUGCCAGCCAUACUUGACCGGCCAUGGCCUGCUGAUAUCCCACCUUGGCGAAUCGUGGUCCUCCCUCUGCUGUCACCGCAAGACUCCAAAGUGAAACGAUGCUUUGUCGCCUUAGCGUUCUCCCAUACUCUCGGAGACGGCAUGGUUGGAGUUGCCUUCCAUCGCACUUUUCUAGAUGCAUGGCGCCAGCCUACUGACGCGGAGGAGAAAGCCUCUUUCUUAGUGACUCCGCCAAAUCAAACGCUCCCAGCACCCUUUGACACACCCGAAAGGCUCCCCAUAUCUUGGAAGUUCCUCCUUGGGCCGUUGGUAGCAGUUUACUUGCCAAAAUUUGUGAACACAAUUCUUGGGCUCCGCGCAUCUGCUAGCACGCUAGAUGCCGGUACUUGGAUUGGGUCACCGAUGUUCUUCGAUCCGGCAGCUGUCAUCCAGAGCAGAGUAAGAAUCAUUGAGAUUGAAGCCCCACUCGUCCAAAAGGCCCUACAGGCAUCAAGAAGUCAUGGCACCAAGCUCACGGGAACGGUGCACCAGAUGAUUGUUCGGGGGCUAAGUAAGGCCAUUCCUAGCCUUGAAGUAACCAAUUUUGUCUCAGGGACACCUGUUGAUAUGCGAGCGUCUAUCGGAACGCCUGGUCUCACAUGGGGUCUUUUCGUGUCUGGCCUAUAUGAGGUACAUCCACGGGUACCGAAUGUGACGGAUCCUGCUUUGUCCGAGGAGAUGUGGGAAGCCGCGAGGUCGAUGACGCAAAAGCUCGCUGAAUGCGGGGCGAGGCUGCAGGACCAAGCAAUUGGCCUGCUGAGAUAUGUCCCCAGUAUCAGAAAUUGGACGUUGAGUAAAGUUGGACAGCAGCGGGACUCCUCGUACGAACUGAGCAAUUUGCUUGCCUUUGAUAACAUGGACGACGGUGCAGAUCAAAAGUGCAAGGUCGUCAAGAUGGUGUUCUCGCAGCCUGGCAAUGUUACUAGUGCGCCACUUGCUUUCAACAUGAUCAGUGUCAAAGGUGGGAGCUUGGUGUGCACGGUGAGUUGGCAAGCUGGAGCCUUGGGUGUACCGGUAGAGGAGGAAAUAUCAUUGGUUGAUAAUAUAUGUUCGUCGAUUCGAGCGGACUUGGAAGCCUUGAGGGAUUGA